AUGCACGCUACGCCGAUGACCCCCAAGAAGGUGCUGAGCGUCAUGCACAACAUCCCCCGCCGAAUGAAGAGUGGACCGCUCCGGCCGCGCGCCCUGGGUAAAGAGAAUACCCCUCCCACUAUCCCGCACCCGCGCCUUCCACGCGCCCGGACACCUCCGCCCCUCUCCAGUUUCUUGGACAUGCAGGACAGUUGCGACGACAGCGCGGACCGCUGGGCCCCGCGGCACGGACUGAUCGUGAUCAAGGUGUGGGUGCCGUCGACGGACGACAUCUGGGCGUUCCGCGUGCCCGAGGCAGAGUCGCUCGCCGCGUUUCGUACACGGGUCGCAGAGAAGGUCGGGUUUGCAGUGCGCCUGGAGGGGAAGAACGCUCGGACGCGUGCGCGCAUGCUCAAGGAGGAGGGCACGUUCAGGACGUGGGUGAGGGGGCGCGUGAGGAGUGGGAGGAACCACCUGUUGACGGCGCAUAGGGCUUGA